AUGAGAGUGCUUGUGACAUUUGAUGUUGAUGGAACUCUUUUAACUUCCGUUCCUCAAUCAAAACAGCAUACAGAUGCCAUAAAAGAAACUGCCAUUAAGCUUUACAAUCUCCCUCAGAACGUUGAUAUCAAGAAAUUUUGUAAUAGUAACUUUUCCGGUACCACUGAUUCAUGGAUUGCCAAAACAAUUAUUCAAAAUGCAAUGCAACGCCAAGAAGUUACUCAAGAAGAACUUGAUAUUUUCGAAAAGAAGGAGGAUGAAAUCUAUCACAGAGAUUAUGAAGGAAUGCAUGUGCCAAUUUACGGUGUCGAAGAAGCUAUUAAAGCUAUUACUCAAAUACCUUAUGUUACAAUUGCUCUUUGCACAGGAAAUUACGAAAAUAUUGGCUGGACUAAAGUAGGUCAUACUGGCUUAGACAAAUAUUUCGAAGGAAGACUUGGGGGUUUUGGAAAUAUACUUGAAAGGAAAGAUAUACUAAAAGAAGCGAUUCGAAGAGCCGAAGAAUUUAGAGGUUAUAAAUUCGACAGAAUCAUUCACAUUGGUGAUGCUCAACAAGAUGUAGAUGCAGCUAGUGCUAAUGGAUGCAUACCUAUAGCUGUAGAGACUGGACAUCUGAAAAAAGAGCAAUUUGCAAAGCCAUGUUUUGUAAUCCCGAAUAUGAAAGAUGGUCUUGAAGAUUUAAUAAGUAUAAUUAAGACAGGAAAACCUGUUCAUGAAUCUUGUAUUCAUCAAUAA